GGGCUGCUGAUGCGGAUGUUGCUGCUGCUGAAAUGAGUCGCAAGUAAAACACUUGUUUCCGAAAAGUUUGACCUCGGCUUUGAAGAUGUCGGGCAAUGUGUGCCAUAGACAAGACAAUGCAGCAUUGUUGGCACUCGCUGCUGUUAGUCUGGGACUCAUAACCAUUCUUAGUGUGUGGAAGUUAAAACAGUUCAAAUAUGGGCUUAUAAAUGAAACUGGAGGUGCAAUGUUUUAUGGUAUGCUUCUGGGAUUAGCAGUGAGAUGUGUGCCAUUUGACCGAGGAGUGCAUACAGAGAGUGUGUGCAGUUGUGGUGCUCUUAACAGCACUCCUACUAUCCUAAUGGUCAACCUCACAUCACAUGUACACUGUUACAGGCAUGUCGGACACAACCAAAGAUGCUCAACGACCUCAACCCCUCAUACGGAGACCUUUGAUCCUGUGGUCCUUUUCAAUCUGUUCCUGCCACCCAUCAUCUUCCAUGGAGCUUACACCCUUAAUCAGAAACGAUUCAUUGAGAAUAUUGGAUCUGUUCUGACCUUUGCUUUUUUGGGUACAAUAAUCAGCUGUAUGACCAUAGGGGCCUGCGUCUAUGGCUUCACCAGACUGAUGGUGCUGUUGGGCCAGGCAGCAGAUGGAGACUUCUUGCUCACCGACAGCCUCCUGUUUGGUGCCAUCAUGUCAGCCACUGACCCAGUUUCAGUGAUUGGCCUGUUGUCAGAUCUGCGUGUGGAUCUGGAUCUACACACCCUGCUGUUUGGUGAGAGCGUCCUGAACGACGCCGUGGCUGUCGUCCUGACACAUGCCAUCACCACCUACAGCCACAUGGGUACAGGACACACCUUCGACCGCCUCGCCUUUCUCCACUCUGUUGGCUAUUUUCUUGGAGUGCUCGCCGGCUCCUUCCUCUUGGGUUUCAUAUUCGCAGUCAUAACAGCCCUCCUCACCAAAUUCACUCGACUGCACGAGAGCCCUCUUCUGGAAACAUCAGUCUUCUUCCUGCUGUCUUGGAGCAGCUUCCUCUCAGCUGAGGCCUGUGGACUUUCAGGUAUUGUGGCGGUGCUGUUUUGUGGCUUGAGCCAGGCAAGGUACACCUUUCAUAAUUUAUCCUGUGAGGGCAGGACCAGGACCAAGCAGCUCUUUGAAGUCGUCAACUUCCUGGGGGAGAUUUUCAUCUUCAGCUACAUGGGAUAUGAAUUGUUGAUCUUUCCUCACCAUGUCUUCAAAGCCCUCUUCAUUUCUGGGGCAUUUCUCUCCAUCUUUAUUUCAAGAGCUUGCAACAUCUACCCUUUAUCUUUCCUGCUAAACCUUGGCCGUACAAGCAAGAUACCUUGCAGCUUCCAACACUUCAUGACGUUUGCAGGUUUGAGGGGGGCUGUGGCAUUCAGCCUGGCUCUAAGAGACACAACCACAGAAAAGAGGUGCACCAUCUUUACCACCACACUGCUGCUGGUCUGCUUCACCAUCUGGGUGCUGGGUACGGCUGCUGAUCCCAUGCUGCGCUAUCUGGACAUCAGAGUGGGGGUGGACACAGAUGAAAAUCCUGAGGAGGACCUUUCUUUUGAGGUUGCUACAGGGAGGCCAGACACAACACCAGGCCUGUGGCACCGUCUGGACUACAAAUAUAUAAAGCCGCUGCUGACACAUUGUGGCCCUCCACUGACCGACUCAUUGCCACAGUGGUGUGGAGCAUUUGCCAGACAGCAAAGCAGCAGCCCACAGGCCCAAGAGGAUGAAGAGCAGCUGUGUGAGACUGAAACAAAUGACUCCACCUUUGAUCUGGCGAAAACAGACAACCAGCUUAUAUCUUUUGGAGGUGAGUCUGGAUCCGAGCACCAGGAAGACCUUGUGGAGGGAGACCUGGGCCUCGGCACUGCUCCAGCUCUCUCCAGGGAAGCCUGAAGCUCCAGGAGUCACCUCUAACCCCAGCUUAUCAGCCACCAGCUGCCCUGAGGCUAAGGCCCUUCCCACAGAGAAUGGGGUCACUGGGCAGGGCAUCUGAGAGGAGCCGACCGGGAGGAGAGUUACAAUGGCUCCCAAAAGGUCAUGCCCUCUCCUCUUGUGCUGACAUGCAUGCAGAGGCACACACACACAUGCACACACACAGGGAGUAAAAACAAUUACAAAGGCCAUUGCUCUCCCUGUCACUUUGCUGAUGAUUUUCUUGGCUUGUUUUGAUCCAGUUUCAAGGAAUUUAAUAGCUGAAAUAGAAAUGUGAAGCCUGUAUAAUUAAAUGUCUAAACAACAACCAACAGAAAGCAGGAUUUGACCUAUGUGUGCACAGUGUACUUUUCACACAGCAAGCAAUGUUAUACUGCAAUAGUUCUGGUUAAAAUAUAACAUGUUAUGUCCCACAUUAAUUAUGAGCAGAGAAGCUUCUUGCUAACUGGUUGCAUAACAUCCUGGUUUCAAGCUUUAGGGAAAAUUGCUCAUGAACAUCCACUAUCACUGAAUGCCACUAUACUGUAUUUCCCUUAAUCAGCCGAAAUGGUAUUUUUUGUGCCAACUUUGCCUCACUCUUCCCCCAACUCCUUAUUAAACUUUUAUUGCACUGUU